AUGGCUACAUACACUCAGCCUGCCGCCGCGAACUACCACACUCCCCCUGUUCAUGCACAGCAACGACAGCGCGGCUACCGUAUCUGCGACCAAUGCCACACCCCCGAAACGCCGUCUCUCAAGUUCCGUUUGUGCGGUGGAUGCAUGACGACCCAAUAUUGCUCACAAGACUGCCAACGUGAACACUGGCCCGGCCACAAAGCCAUUUGCCAGCACACGGCGUCACAGGUUUCCAAGGUGGCCCUCACCGCCGGAUCCUCCCCAGCCGCAGACGAACACCUCGCGAAGAACCUCCGCAAGUUCACCUCUGCGCAUACGUCUUUGUUGGGCUGGGCUGGCUUCCAGGCUCUGCAACUUAAACGCAUUCCGGCCAAUGUUAGGCAGAACGCGUUGCUCAUCGACUUGAAUUACCAUAAUCACGUCGAGUCCCAUCGUCGGACGUACAUCCGUGACCCACUCGUCAUUGCCGACAUUCAGCGACGCGAGGAGCGAUGCAGACAUAGCGGGGGCAUCGGUACUCUCGUCGUCAUCAUCCAAUGCGGCGGUGUCUCCCAGGUCAUGCCCAUCGAGGUUGACCCGCCUGCGAAGAUCACUUGGGAUACAAGAGAGGAUUGGGCCAGUGUCCUCGCGCACUUCGUCGAGAGUGGGAGGAUGGACUUUAAGCCAAUUUCGACGACAUCCAGGGGGGUGUAUUAUGGAUGAGCCAUCAGGCUGCUUACAUCGUUACGACACCAUCCGCACACAUGCACCGCGGAGAACCACGCACCAUUCAUGAACCGACCCUUUUCACGUAUCACCAGCCAUCUGGUUUCACUAAUUCACGCUCAUGCACCAACACUCACGUUCAAUCACCACCCAUUACCACUCAUGUUCACGCACCACCACCCACGUUUGCAUCUCCACGCCCACACAACCAUACCCGCGCCGUCAAUCAGUGCACCCCAGCAUAUAUAUCCACGCAUCUAAUCAGCAUCUAUCACAUCAUUAUCAUCGACAUCAUCAGUAACAUCAUCACACCCUCACAAUUAUCAUACAUAGCACGAUUAAGCUUGUCGCGAGUACGACCCUCCAGGCCCCAGUCGGCCAGCCAUACCACUUGCUUUCCCAUUAUCACAUUUAUCGGCCUUGUCGAGUACAAGUCGGUUUACUUUGUUCCGCUUUCGUUCCUUCGUUGAUCGUAAUGCUUUUCGAGUCCACUAUCAUUAUCU